AUGUUCUCCAAAUUUGGCCCAGAAAUUCGCUGUCGAAUCUGGCACUUUUCAUUGCCUGGACCACGAGCGCUUUGCCCAGGAGUCAGGAGCACGCCAUCCGGAGAAUACGAGACCAAUCGUGACUACAGGAAAUUGUUCUUCCCGGGCAAGCACCAAGCCCCGAACCCAGCCGCGUUGAGUGUCUGCCGCGAGUCCAGACAAAUUGCCCUUCAAUGGUAUCGGCUAUGUUUUGGAACACAGAACAUCUACGCUGAUCUAAACAUCGAUAUCCUUUUCUUUGGACCAUGGGAUGUUACGGACUUUGGCACGUUCUGGGAGUGGGAUGAGUAUAAGUCUGGCGGCCCUGGCGGCCUCACAAACAUCAUCCACAAGACUCUGCAGCCCGAGGUAGCGGCGGACUUGAAGAAAGUGCAGCGCUUGGCUUACAGAUAUCUUGACGGAUGGGCUGAAUAUGAUGAUACUCACGGAGAGGAAACACACAUGAAUGGAGGAGGCGACGAAUUAAGGAAACAAUUAGGGCGAUUCGAGAGCUUGAAGGAAGUCCUGCUCAGCCAUGGUCCUGACAAUACGGACGAUUUGCGGAAUACGAGGAGGAGACGAUGGGUCAGCAAUAUGCUGAGUCAGAGGAUGAAGGUCAAGAUAUUGAUCCAUACGACCUUCUCCCCCAACAGCGAGCGGAAAACGUCCUCCCUGCCUUCAGAACGAAGAACAUUUCUCCAGAGGAGCAGGCACGAGGUAUCCCAGAAGUUAAGCUUGUUGUCAAACGUGUUCCCAAUGUACCAAAAUAUGUUGAUACGAGACCCUACGCCUGGAUGA